AUGAAGAUACUUGGCUCCUUUAUAGGGCCAGAGCCACGGAAGGCCGAAUUCCUGGCUACAAGGAUAGAAGAACUCCAGACGGUGCUAGAUAGGCUAAAAGACCUACCAAAACAACACGCACUCCUCCUACUUAGGGCUAGCACCUCUACACUACUCCGACACCUUCCUAGGACCAUAGGAUCACAAGGACUCCUGGCAAGAUUCCAAGACAUUGACACAAGACUCCUAGAAACCAUAAAACACCUUCAAGGCUCAGAGGAUAGAAGACCACUAGACCAGGACCUAGUAGCCCUCCCUACUAGGCUAGGAGGCCUAGGAAUACCUCUCUACGCGGAAGUGGCCGAGCUAGCCUUCCAAAACUCACAGGCUAUAGCAGACAUCACCCUACAGAGGAUCCUACCGCCAAAACUCUUCUGGCGCCUACCCCGAGCACCCUCGCCAGCCCCUAGCAACACUAGUAUGGAAGGCCACCCCCAGACUAGCUAUAGGCCUACACAAGGCCAAGAAGGCAACCUACAAGAGGACGGCCUAGAAGGGGACAUAGACAAGGCCACAGAAGAGGACACACAAGGUCUAGACGAACAAACCACUCUAGGAAGCCAGGAGCAAGAACAGGUACAAGAACAGGAACAGGAUCACUCCCAGGACCGCGGUAGAAGCAGGAAUAGAGCAAACCAACAACCACAACCAAGCCUAUCCUACCUCCUAGCCCAGGACACCCAACAACAGCCUAGCUUUCCCCUAGAACACCAACAACUAGACCCCACUAGUACUGGCCCUGCUAGAACCAUCUACCGAGCUGCAAUAGACAAGCUCAACAGAGCUCGACUGGCUAGAGUACAGCAGAAGCUCUCUUUACAGCAAGAGAACGUACGGAUCGAGAACUCAGCCUUCCUAGGCCGGAGAUGGCUAUCCGCAAUGCCUACCUCACAGCCCCUUCUACUCUCGGACAUGGACGUAGCCGCAGCACUUUCUAUUCGGCUUCUUACAUCCCCUGAAGAAGGCCAGGACAUCUGUAGACACUGUGAUAGGGCCUAUACCUUCGCCCACGAAGACGCCUGCCGUGCUAGGACUAGACAGACAAUUGUCAAACAUAAUAAGGUGUGCCAGGCGUUGACUACGGCCCUACAGACCGACCCACAAAACAAAGUCACCCUAGAGCCACAAGGAGACUACCGAGGAAUCCGGACAGACAUUAGAAUCGACAACCCUAAGGGAACCACCUACCUAGAUGUGUCCAUCAUUUCCCUAGUGGGCAAGACUGGUCCCAUGACACUCAAUCACAUGCAGCAAGUCUUUGCACUUGGUCGCUCCCUCGUCCACCCUGACGCCAUUCCCUCCGAGCUCCGUGGCUACAUUCUGGAGCCUAGUAACCCCUACCGCCCUCUUCGCUUUCCCGAGAUCAGAUCUUAG